UUUGUUUUUAUUCUAAGUUCGGUCAUACUUCGACCGAGAUAGUUGUAGAUUUAGAAGUAAUUUAAAAAAUUAAAACGUAUUGCGAUCAUUGUGUAUUUGUAAAUAUAGAAGUAAUUUAUUUAUGCACCCUGCCUUCCUGAUUGUGGAUAAUGCCGUCAGCCACAUAAACAAUAAUAAUGCAUCCAAUAAGCUGUCUCAAAUGGGUAUAGCUACAUAUCCAAUGUUAGUCCAUACAUUACAAUUAUGUGUUGGCAUAUGAUGAUUUCUAUAAAUCAUAUUUAAACCAAGAAAAUACUGUAUUAAUGCAGACAUUAACAGAAAGUGUGUUGCAUUACAUCAAACGAGUUUAGGCCUGAUUACGUUAGAGGCCAUGAGCGGAAAAGGAAGGUAGAGAUCGAAGACUGUCCUUGUAUUGCGUGGAAUAAAUCAUAUAAUCAAGUCACUAUUAAAAUAGCGGUUAGGGAGUCGAUGUAUCGUCUGCGAGUUCGUCGCUAUAAAGCUGAAUAAAUACUGCCAGUGGACUGGAAAAUAAACUCAACACGAUCCCAGAUGAGAGAGGGAGGGGAGAUUGGGCUCGAGAGCAAAUGAGAUAAGAGGUCGGUUGGUAUGGGUUAGUAAAGAGGAGGCUCUGUAUUUGUUUUGCCAUAUAACAAAAGCUAGCAAGCUAGCAUUCCUUACAGGAAAACAACAGUAGCAUGAAAAUCUCUAAAGGUGUUCGAUUUUUUUUAACAACGGAUUGUGUUUUUCUGGACUGAGUUGAAUAAUUCACAAUCCGGGAUGGGAAAGGAGGUAAACGGAGUGUCGCGGAGCCGGUUUGAGAUGUUUUCAAACAGCGACGAGGCCGCGAUUAACAAGAAGCUCCCCAAAGAGCUGCUGUUGAGAAUCUUCUCUUUCUUGGAUGUGGUGACAUUGUGCCGAUGUGCGCAGGUCUCACGGUCCUGGAACGUGCUAGCCCUGGAUGGUAGUAACUGGCAGAGAAUUGAUCUUUUCGACUUCCAGAGAGACAUUGAGGGCCGUGUCGUGGAGAACAUCUCCAAGCGCUGUGGGGGCUUCCUGAGGAAGCUCAGUCUGAGGGGGUGCCUGGGCGUUGGGGACAGCGCCUUGAGGACUUUUGCCCAAAACUGCCGGAACAUCGAGCUGCUGAGUCUAAAUGGGUGCACCAAGAUCACUGACACGACGUGCACCAGCCUCAGUAAAUUCUGCCCCAAGUUGAAGCACUUGGACCUGGCGUCAUGUACCUCCAUCACCAACCAGUCCUUGAAAGCACUCAGUGAGGGCUGCCCCCUGUUGGAACAGCUGAAUAUCUCCUGGUGUGACCAGGUUACAAAGGAUGGCAUCCAAGCCCUGGUGCGCUGCUGCCCUGGCCUUAAGGGCCUGUUCCUCAAGGGCUGCACACAGCUGGAGGAUGAAGCCUUGAAGUACAUUGGGGCUCACUGUCCUGAGCUGGUAACCCUAAACCUACAGACAUGCUCGCAGAUCACAGACGAAGGCCUUAUUACAAUCUGCCGCGGCUGCCACCGACUGCAGUCGCUAUGUGUUUCCGGUUGUGGCAACAUCACAGACGCCAUCCUUAAUGCCCUGGGCCAGAACUGCCCCCGCCUAAGAAUACUGGAGGUGGCUCGCUGCUCCCAGCUCACCGAUGUGGGUUUCACCACACUGGCCCGGAACUGCCACGAGCUAGAAAAGAUGGAUCUGGAGGAGUGUGUACAGAUCACAGACAGCACGCUGAUACAGCUGUCAAUCCACUGCCCCCGUCUGCAGGUCCUGAGUCUGUCCCAUUGUGAGCUGAUCACUGAUGACGGCAUCCGGCACCUGGGCAGCGGACCCUGUGCCCACGACCGGCUGGAGGUGGUGGAGCUGGACAACUGCCCACUGAUCACGGACGCAUCACUGGAGCACUUGAAGGCCUGCCACAGCCUGGACCGCAUCGAGCUCUACGACUGCCAGCAGAUCACCCGUGCUGGCAUCAAGAGGCUCCGGACUCACCUGCCCAACAUCAAGGUGCACGCCUACUUUGCCCCGGUCACUCCUCCGCCCUCAGUUGGGGGCAGCCGUCAGAGGUUUUGCCGCUGCUGUAUCCUGCUAUGAUGUUGAAGCCCCUGUCUUGAAGCCCCUCCCUCCACUCCGACCUGCUGCACGUUAGUGUUCCUGCCCUGCCCCGCAUGCGACGCUGCAUCGGAGAAACGGAGUGAGAGACAGAGCCCUGGCCUGCCUGCCUCAUGCGGCCCACUCAUUGGAUACCUAUAUCCCAGCAUUCCCUGCUGUCCUUUCUUUGAAAGUUCAGUUGUCUAAACCAGUGCUAUGUACACACAGAGACACACUUGAGUGCUCUGAGGCGUGUCCAUCCAUCUGCUGCUCACUUCACGCCCUCACACACAAACACACACUGUUCUGGUCUGUCUCUCCACUGCUCACUCUUCUAGCCCCUCCUCACAACUCCACGCUUCAUAAUGCUUAAAAGAAUCGUAUAUUUUUUUAUAAAGGUCAACAAAUAAGAUUUCCAAAAAGAGGAUUAUUGAGAAAAUGCCAAACAUUGCAUGUUGUUGUAGUUAAUUAUUUUUUUAUUAGCUGUUUGUAUUCAGUACAUAGGAGCUCUAGCGGUGUCUAAUAACUGCAAUAGAACAUGUUGAAUCCAAGACUAGUGGGUGUGUGAAUAUGAUCCUAGCUGGUAUUUUGAUUUGACCUGGCUGGCAUGAAGCAGAGAGGUGACCAAAACCUUGCCUGUUUGUGAAGGAAAAUAAUCUGAGUACAAUCCUUUUUCUGUUAGUUUUUUCUUAGGAAAGAAGUAGAGGAGUUUCUACAGUGGACUGUAAUUGCAACACCUGGGCACUAAUAUGCCAGAUGUGGCAAGCACCCCGUCAACUGUGUGUGCGCUUGUGCGCGCGUGCUGUCCUGCGUGUCACCAGCAUGGGAGUAGGAUCAGAGGGUGGGAGUGUUCGAUCUCUGUUUUUGGAGCUGUUACUGUUGCCUGCCCCCUGCAAGCUAUUUUUGAUGGUGGGGAGGGGUGAUUGUGACACAUGAUCUCCCUUUGAAUAGCUUAUUAUCCCCUGUUUCUGGAAUAAAUAGGGAGAGGAAGUCAGCAGUGAUGUUAAUGCUCUUUAGUAUCAUGUGAUUUGGUGCUUAUUCUAAUCAUGCAUGUCAGGCUGGUCCUGUAGUGACUGAGCUUGUGAAGGUACCCACACCUAUUGCAUACUGACUCCUGUUUCACCUGAACCCUGCUGACUGGAACAGUUUCUUCCCCCAUGGUUUAGACCUGGGUUUGAUUCCUGUUUGAUGUUGGCUGCCCCCAGGAUCUACAGGGGCUGUGGUAAGACAAGUUAUAGUGGCUGUCAGCAGAAACAGUGGGUUUGUGAACACCAUCACCAGAGUGCUUGGGAGUGAAAAUUUGCUGUGAAAUACAUAACAUACAAUUGGUUUGGAAACACUGCGUUGGGGAGGGAUGGUAUAGUCAAAGCAUCUGUGACCUUUAGAGGAAUAAGGACUCGGGGCCAAUCAGCAUGUCUGACCUGUUCAACUGAGCCCUGACUUGUUUCGGAAGCUGCAAGAGUGAAUCACCAAUCCUCCUUAGCCCUCCUUGGUCAUACAACUUUGUGACCAUCAGUGACUGAACAGCAAGUGUUAAGUGCUAUUUGAAAUGGUCAGGCGCAAGCGAACAGCUUUUACUGCAUUACUAAUGAAAGGGAGAUAUUUUGAUUUAUGUGGGGUUUUUUAUGGUGGUGGUGGCUGCAUCCUUGUUUUCAACUCACCAACAGGGCAUGAUGUUUUGUACACACACACACACACACACACAGCCUGUCCUAGCAGGCUCACUGUGGUUCCAAAAUACUGUUUUCUAUGCCUCACCGAUAGGCAUGAACAUGUGCAUAAGGAACAUUAGGGCCUCAGACGGGUGUGCGUGUGUGAUCAGUGUUAGGGCUUCACGGACAGGUGUGUGCACAAGCGUGAGGAAUGUUAGGGCAAUGGUCAAGUACUCCUUGUAUACAAUUCCGUUGAAACUAUAGCUUUAACCAAGGCGCUGAUGUGAGGCUGUCUCCUCCUCUUCCUCCUCCAGUGUAAAGCAGUCAAGUCACUGAAUGUCUGGCCGGCGCAUGUUUCUGACGCCUGUUUGCAGCUGGUGGUGCUUUCAAACCCAUAUGGACAGUUCAGCACUGCAGCAUAGCUCUGCCCACAGAGGAGGGGGCUGCCAUCCAUUGUGGUUGGAGAAGAGUGGGGUUUUUUUUUUUUUUGUUUUGUUUUUGUGUGGGUUUUUUUUUUUUUUUUUUAAUACACGUUUAAAGACUUAAGACCACAUUACAUGAGGGGUUGGUGUGUUGCGAUUUUCCAGAGCUUUCUGUACUUCUCCUUUUCCGUUUCCUUGCAAAUCCACUUUCACUCCUGAUCCUUUGCAAGGCAACGUGCCGGGGAGAGUGUUCCCAGAAUGACGAUCGUUUUGCGACAAUUGUUUUAAUUACUGUAAAUCUUUUUUUAUAUAUGAAAUAUAUAUAAUUAACCAAUGUGAAUGGAUAUAUGUACAAAUAAAUAUAUAACUAUAUUAGUAAGA